UUUGAGUAUAUGCCAUGGUAGCGAUCAUGUAAGCCACGGUUACGUUUGAGACCACUUUUUAAUCAGACGUCAAACUGCUUACUGACUGUCUCGUUAACCCAUCACACAGUGCUCAACGGUGGAAAACAGGAUGGACCAGAAAAGUACCCUGGUGGACACUGAGCCUAAGCCAACAAUUAACUCUACCGAUACAAAGGAUAAAGAACAUGAAGAGAUUGGCCAACUUCUGCAUGAUGAAGAAGACGUGAAAAACACUCGCUGUGGCAUUGGACCGUUUAAACCCAACUGGCUUCAGGUUCUCGCCCGUAAAGAAGUAUACUUAAUGGUAUACUGCCUCGUGGGUAUGGUUCAGGGUUUGUUCUUCACUUAUACUGUAUCUGUCAUCUCUACCAUUGAGAAGAGGUUCAAACUUACAAGCAAGCAGACAGGAGCGAUUCUCACCGGCAACGACAUCUCGCAAGUGAUGCUGUCGCUGUUCCUCGGUUACUAUGGCAACUACGGGCACCGUCCUCGCUGGAUGGCCGUGGGGGUCAUGUGCGCCGCGGCCUCGGGCUUCGGGGCGGCGCUCCCCCACUUCCUGUACGGCCCGGGGGAGGACGCCCUGGCGCUGACGAGGGCCGCGGUCGCCUCGUCCUCGUCCUCGUCCUCCUUGAGCCUGGAGGGCGACAACGGCACCGAGACGCACGCGGUCGGAGCGCAAGAGCUGUGUUUCUCGCACCCUGAGGAGAACUGCGGCCCGGACGGAGGCGGCGGCGGAGGAGCCUACAUGGGCGCGAUCAUUCUCUUUUUCUGCUCUCAGUUCUUCGUCGGAAUCGCCAUCAGCAUAUUCUACAGCAUCGGCGUCACGUACUUAGAUGAUAACAUAAGCAAAAAGACAUAUCCUGUUUACUACUCCGUCUCGUUCAUGCUGCGCAUCCUGGGCCCCGUGCUGGGCUUCUUCGUCGGAGGGAAGUGCCUGUCCACGUGGAUCGACCCGAAGGAGGCUCCUGCCCUCACCACGAAGGACCCGCGCUGGCUCGGCGCCUGGUGGAUAGGCUACCUGUUCAUCGGCUCCGGCCUGAUCUUCUCGGGCAGCCUCCUGUUCCUCUUCCCCCGCAAGAUGCCGGCGACGCUGCGGCGCGAGGCGAAGCGGGUCCUGCGGCAGGCGGAGAAGGACCGCAAGGAGGGCGGCGACCGCGGCCUGCGCUACUUCGCUUCCCUCGCCAAGCAGUCCAAGGAAGCCCAGGAGAGGCCGACGCUCCCCAACCUUAAGAAGGCCUUAAAGCGACUCUUCACGAACAAGAUUUGGGUCGGCAACCUCUUCAAUACAACGGUGUAUGUCCUCGCGGCUUCAGGCUACUGGAAUUUCAAGCCUAAAUAUCUUGAAAACCAAUUUCGUAAAAGUUCCACCGAAGCCAAUUACUAUACAGGGAUCGCAAGUUUGGUAUCCCUCGUACUGGGAACAGGUCUAGGCGGAGCAGUGCUAAGGUGGGCCCAACCCGGACCGAGGUUUGUCACAGGCUACAACAUUUUCAUCACGUUAUUGUAUGUCUGUAGCUACGUCUCGCUCAUGUUCAUCGGCUGCCCCAAAUUACAGGUCGUUGGGCCGGUGGAAGGCUCUCCGAUCCCCGCCUGCUCCUCAACCUGCGGCUGCUCGGCCAAGUACUCUCCCGUGUGCUCGGAGGACCAGACCACGUUAUUCUACUCUGCUUGCUACGCUGGCUGCACCGUUGCCAACGCCUCGGCAAGUCCCAUUGUGUACAGCAACUGUCGAUGUAUCAUCAACACCACAAUCCAGGAUGAUUACAGCGCACAGAAUAGUACUCUUUUUGGAACAGCAACGAGUGGUACUGUCCUGAACCUUUAGAACUUCUUCAAAUACAUCAUCAUCCAGUGUGUUGUCAAGACUAUAGCAUCCACUGGUAGGGUUGGUAGCAGUCUGAUCCAUCUGAGGUCUGUCUCGGACGAGGACAAAGGCCUGGCUCUCGGUCUCCUCACCGUCUUCAUCAGCUUCUUCGGCUUCAUCCCGGCGCCUAUCAUGAUGGGAGCCAUAAUUGACUCCGCGUGCCUGGUGUGGGACACGUCGUGCGGAAAGACAGGCAACUGCUGGCUCUAUGACUCCGACAAGUUCAGGACCAUCUUACAUCUCGUGCCUGCGGUGUUCGUGUUCAUUUCCGUCUUCGGAGACAUCGUCGUGUUCUACUACAGUCGCCAGCUGGACUUGUAUGGCGACAGGGAGGACCAGGUGCAGCUGGAAAGAGCCCGGCGACUCGUGGGCGAGAAUGCCACGCUUUCGAAGAGCCAGAGUCUGGAUCCGCCCGCGCAGAUUUAGCUCCUUGGGGAAUGACUUUGCGUUUUUUUUCUCUCUUUUUUUUCGGGGGUGGGGGGGGGAGGGGUUGGUUUUGUUUUUGUUAUAAUUUUUUCUUCUGCUUGUUCUUCUUGUAUUUUUCUUUUUCUUUUUUCUUGUUCUUGUUCUUCUCUUUCUUCUCCUUCUUUCGAAGAGCCAGAGUCUGGAUCCGCCCGCGCAGAUUUAGCUCCUUGGGGAAUGACUUUGCGUUUUUUUUCUCUCUUUUUUUCGGGGAUGGGGGGGGAGGGUUGGUUUUGUUUUUGUUAGAAUUUUUUCUUCUGCUUGUUCUUCUUGUAUUUUUCUUUUUCUUUUUUCUUGUUCUUGUUCUUCUCUUUCUUCUCCUUCUUUCGAAGAGCCAGAGUCUGGAUCCGCCCGCGCAGAUUUAGCUCCUUGGGGAAUGACUUUGCUUUUUUUUUUCUUUUUUUUUUUCUUUUUUUUUUGGGGGGGGAGGGGGAGGAAAGGGGGUGGUUGUUGUUGGUUUUGUUUUUGUUUAAAUUUUUUCUUCUUCUCCUUUUUCUCUUUCUUCUUCUUUUUCUUUCUCCUUCUCUUUCUCCUUCUUCUUCAACUCCACCUCUUUCUGUCGUGCGUUAUUAAUAUCUAACAGUUAUUACUAUCUACUAUCUCACCAAGUCUCAUUGGAGAUAUA